GCGGUACCAGCUCUCUGCUAGAAGGCAACAUACUGCCUCGCAGAAGCUGGCGGGCACCGUGCCCGCCACGGUCGGUCUCCCGGGCACUGGGCCACCGCCCCACCCCCUGUCCUCGGACAUGGAGCCAGAGCCAGCGGCUCAGAAGCAGCCCCGGCCGCGGAGGAGAAGCCGCAGGGCCUCAGUGCUCUGCGAGGACCGAGCCGCAGGGCCUCCGGCCGACACACCCGGGCCGGCGGCGGACGGGAGAUGCUCCCUUCGGAGAGGCAGCUCCUUCACGUUUUUAACACCUGGCCCUCACUGGGACUUCACUUUGAAAAGAAAGCGAAGAGAGAAAGAUGAUGAUGUUGUAAGCCUUAGCAGCCUUGAUCUGAAGGAACCAAGCAAUAAAAGAGUUCGGCCUCUAGCUCGGGUCACAUCCUUGGCAAACUUAAUCUCUCCCGUCAGAAAUGGAGCAGUCAGGCGCUUUGGUCAAACCAUACAGUCAUUUACCCUUCGUGGUGACCAUAGAUCCCCAGCCUCUGCCCAGAAGUCAUUCAGCAGGUCUACGGUCCCAACACCCACCAAGAGAAGAAGUAGUGUGCUAUGGUCGGAGAUGCUAGACAUCAGUAUGAAGGAGUCCCUGACCACUCGAGAGAUCAAACGUCAGGAGGCAAUAUAUGAAUUGUCCCGAGGCGAACAGGACUUAAUCGAGGACCUCAAGCUUGCUAGGAAGGCCUACCAUGAUCCCAUGUUAAAGUUGUCUAUCAUGUCAGAAGAGGAACUCACACAUAUAUUUGGUGAUUUGGACGCUUACAUACCUCUGCAUGAA